AUAGAGACUAUAUACAACAUGGCGGCUGUUGACAAUUGGCGCACAUGUUUAAAUGACUUGAAAUUUUUUAAACAACUCCGGGAAAACAAUAAUACGGAUUCAAAACAGAAGAAGGGAGCGUUCUCUAAAAGUUUACUGAAAAUUCUGGACACGGACUUGUUUGUUUGGGAUGGAUACGACGAUCAGUUACUGAAUUACAAUCUCAAGAAUUUUUCGACGAAUUCGACAGAGAAGAAAUCACGAUUUCAGACCCUUCAGUGUACAAAUCCCCCCCGAUAUGAAAUAGACCAUAUUGAAUUCAACAGUACAAAAAGUUUCCUAGCUCUAUGGGGAAGCUCUGGUGUCAUGGUUGUAGAAAUUCCACAGAGGUGGGGGAAGUUUUCAGAAUUUGAAGGAGGAAAACCAUUGGUUGCUUGCAAAACAACUAGUGUUGCAGACCAUUACUUUGCUAGUCACAAAAGUGUGCAGCUUCUUCAAGUAGCAUGGCAUCCAGGCAGUGAAACAGACUCUCAUCUAACACUUUUAACCUCAGACAAUCUCCUAAGUACUUAUGAUUUGAAGGAGCCCGAUGUUCCUCUUCACACUGUGAAGCUGGGAGACGCCGUUCAGGAUGUAUCCGAUUCCCCCAAUAAGCCCUCCUACAGGGCAGCCCUUGGGGAUGUCGCAGCUUCUUUUGACUUCGGUCCCGCAAUUCCACUCCAGAGGAAGAACCGUCUUCACUCCACGCUUGUUAGUCCGGACGUCGUUUGGCCUGCUUAUGUAGUGUAUGGGAAUGGUGAUGUCAUUAUUGCCUUCACUGACCUGACUCCAGAUUUGACAGGCAUUAAAAAUCUGAGUAUCCAGGGGCCUUUGUUGAUGCAUCCGCCUGCCGAGGACAACUACGGGGUGGAUGCCUCCUCUAUUGCAGUACUGGGAACCAGUCCAACAGUACUAGUUAUAGCCACACGAGAUGGGAAGCUGCACCACUGUUUGGUGAUGGAUUCCUGCACUGAAGACAACACACUUCAGUCUGAGAGUCCCUCAGUGACCUCUGUGGACAGUAGUCUGCUGUAUCUGAAUCCGGACGAAGUUUCACUCUACGUGUAUGAGAGUGUGGAGCUAGAACUGUCCCUUACAACGAACUCAGUAGAAACAGACGAGUACAUCGAGGACACCUUUACCUGUCCAAUUAAAAUAAUGAAAGACUCCAUUGCCCCCGAUCGUUACCACUGCACACAUUCAGCAGGCGUCCACACCAUUGUUUUACCAUGGGUUCAAGAAUACCAAAAGUUUUUCACAGAUGACCAAACUGACAACGUCCCAGAACAAGAGGCCUGUAUUGUAGAACAUCUAGUGUGCACUAAACCCCUCCCAUCCAGUCCUGUGGCCCCAGUUCUGGGACUUGGCCUGGUGAAGGGGCUGUCUGUAGAGCCCUCCCUCCUGACCUUGACUUCAGACUAUGAACUGGUCUCCCUACCCCUGUGCCCCAGCAGAUACCGGAACAGCGGUGAAACCCUCCGCUCUUCAGAGGACCCCACCGCCAUCGAGUCCCCACUCAGACGCCUAAGUCGGGAGUCAUUCGAUGAGUACAUCAAGAAAAUACUGCAACGCAAUGUCACCAAUCCAAAGCUAAAAUUUGACAAGAAAACAGAAAUAUCCCAGCAGGAAUGUUUUCAACUCUUGACACGAACCACACAAGUUUUCCGCGGCGAAUACCUCCAGAAGCAAGAGCAUGCUCAACAGGAAAUACAGAAAAGAGUAAGGAUCCUGAGAAAUCUGAGGAUUCAGCAGGAAGAGGACAUUGAGCAUCUGAAGGUGUCCCAGAACAAAGUCAGAGAUAUGGCUGAAAAUCUGGCCUCCAAAUACAGUGACUGUCAGGACAAACAGGAGGAGAUCAUUCAACGGAUUGAGGAUGUAAUGAGGAGACUACAAGAGAAGAUGCCAUUGAUGUCCGAGGCUGAACGAGGAAUGAAGCGAGAACUGGAGACAAUGGAGGAACAACUAAAGGUCUACAAGAGGUCCCUAGAACAGCUGAAAAUUAAACAAGAAUACCAGAAAAGACAGAUAUCCCAGACACCUAACAGGGUGUACGCCAGUCCUACCCUAAAAUCUGGUCAACUCAAGCAGAUAAAGGAAGUUCUCCAACAAGAGGGAGAUGAUCUGAGUGAAAUGUUGAAACGAGUCAAUGCCCUAAAACUGGAGGCAGGAGUCUGACAGAAAUUACCACAAACUGCUUAUAAGGUUUGAAAGACUUGACAGCAUCAGACUCCACAGAGAAAUUACAAAGUGACACUGUUAUUGUCAAACAUUGUUCCGUAUGUAAUCUCGUUCUGAAAGCCAUUUCUCCAUGGCAGGCCCUCAAGAGCAGAUACUUAUUUAAAAAGACAUCAAAGUACUCAGUUACAGGUGAAAUUCAUCUUUGUUAUUUGUGUUUUACAAAAAUAAAUACUAAAGAUAAAAUGAAA